UAGACUGUAUAUAUAGACCUGGACAGUGUGUCGUCCGUUGGAAUUGAAGCAACCGCUAGUCCAGAGCCCCCUGGUGGCUGGCUGCAGUACAAUUCGUAGCUCCGCCCAUCCCCAUGUAUUUCAAUGGGCAAGUAGCCAACUUUCCGUGUCACUUUUCUCACCUAAAACUAAUUUUAUAUUUACAACAUGUUAUUCGAAAAAAUAGUUUUCAAUGUGCUUCAAUACACACCAUUUUUCUUUUCUCUGUGAAAUUAUUUUUUUUAACGUUAUUUUAACAAAUCUAAAAAGGGCGUUGAUUGACAGUGCGUCAACGCAGCUUCAGCCGCUUGCAGCCGUUCAGUCCGUGGAGUAGGCUCGGCUGUGGUGGUGUUCGUCCGUCAGGCAACUUAUCAUAUUUGUUUUAUUUGCUGUUAUUACUCUUAUACAUUGACAGUCAUGUCGUGCUGUGCUGUUGGUUGUACUAACGGGCCAUCCCAGAGAAGCUCUGUGCAGUUUUUUCGUUUUCCUUUAGGUGUGCAGCAUGCAGACAGACUGAGACGAUGGCUGGUGAACAUAACACGACAAGACUGGGAGCCCAGCAAGUCAUCUCAUCUCUGUAGUCUUCAUUUUGAAGACCAUGAAUUCACCAUUGAUACCUAUGGGAAUCGUCUGACUUGCACUGCAGUACCAACUGUGUUCUCCCUUCCUGACCACCUGGUGAAGAGACCUGCUAGUAGAAAGGGGGUAUUUUGUCUUCCGCCUCCCUCCUGCACCACCACCACCAUCGCCAGAGCUGAAGGUCUACGCCACCAUCGCCAGAGCUGAAGGUCUACGCCACCAUCGCCAGAGCUGAAGGUCUACGCCACCAUCGCCAGAGCUGAAGGUCUACAAUACCAUCGCCAGAGCUGAAGGUCUACACCACCACCAUCACCAGAGCUGAAGGUCUACGCCACCAUCGCCAGAGCUGAAGGUCUACAAUACCAUCGCCAGAGCUGAAGGUCUACACCACCACCAUCACCAGAGCUGAAGGUCUACGCCACCAUCGCCAGAGCUGAAGGUCUACAACGCUGCUGCCACCAGAGCUGAAAUCUCUCUAAGUUAAUGACUAACCCCCCCUCACCCCUUGGCAAACACAAUAAAACAUGGUCAUUUGUGGA